CUACUUUCUAUUUUCUAAUCGCUUUUAAGUUUUAACCGUAUCUUUACAAUAGAGCAAGUACCCCGAUUUCCCCCAAAUUCGACUGAAACCCUAGUUCCUCUCAGCUCCAGCAAAAAUGCUCGAAUUUCAUUCACUGCCGUCGGCUGCUUGCUCGAUUCAUCCAUAUCGCGCUCUAAUUUUCGUUUCAGCACUUCUAUCAGCUCUCCAAUGCUCUCUCUCUAUCCCCCACAAACCACAUCUCGGUUCGAACCUCCUUCUCAUCGGCGAUGCCAAGUUCACUACCAACAGCUUCUCUAUUCGUCUCACCGACCCCCGAAUUUCCUCUCCCAGCGCCGGUUUGAUCGUCCAGAAAAAGCCCAUUAGGCUUUCGAGCUCGGCCUCGAAGUCGAAAAAGCCCGUUUCGUUUUCUACUGAUUUCACGUUCUCAAUUUCGCCUCACAAUGGCGAUGGAUUGGCCUUUGUGGUCGUGCCCCGAAGCUUCCAGUCCAAAUUCUCUGUAGAAAGUUUCGGGCUUUUGAAGGAAAAUCGGUUUCUUGGGGUGGAAUUUGACACUUCGGUUGAUGAAAAUGUGGGGGAUUUGAACGCAAACCACGUCGGUCUUGACGUCGGGAGCCUUGCUUCAGUGGAAACGAGCAAUGUGUCCUCGAUCGGCUUGGUUUUGAACAGCGGAGUGAAGCUGCACUCUUGGGUUGAUUAUGAUUCGAGCUCGAAGAGGAUUGAGGUUAGGUUGAGUAAAUUUGGAAGCCCUAGGCCAUACAGUCCUCUGUUGGUUUAUAAGAUUGAUUUGGGCGAAAUGUGGAAAAACGAAGAGGUCCUUGUUGGAUUGAGUUCAUCUACUGGAAACUCAAUGCAGACUAGCAGUGUAUAUACCUGGAACUUCAGGACUAGGGAGGUUCCGCAGUGGCUGCAUUCACAGCCGUUGAAUCCGAGGGCAUUUUCGAGGGAGCAUAGUGAGGAGAAGCUAGCACAGAAGAGAAAGAUAUGCGCUUUGGGUUUCAUGUCUGGAUUGGUUUUCUUGACAGGAUGUGGCGCGUUUCUGGCAUUGGUUGUAAUGUUUCUGUGGGCGUUAUUCGAGAAUAGCUCGGAGACGGUGCUGACAAUCCCGGGGAAAUGCACCCUGCAUUCAGGGGAUUUCAGGUAUGAAAAGAUCAAUGUUGUUGUUGGAGAUGGCACACCUGAUGAUGCUAAGAAGUAGAGUUCUCAUGAGUUUGUUAUGUGCUUAUUGUAUUUUGAUGUUUUGUAAUAUAAUGUGAUGGAUUAUUUAGUUUUUGGCUGUCUUGAACCAUGGAUGGGAGCAGUUUGGGUUGUGCAUAUUUUGGUUUGUUA